AUGGAUUUAUCUCAACUAGAUACUUGGGUGUUUGGGGAUCUGGGUUUGCUACAUGGCAUCAGUGACGAGCUAGCUAAAGCCGUUGCCUUGUCUCAACCACAGAGAUCAGAGGCGUUCAAGCGAAUCCUUUCGAUUGAAAGUGUUCAGCUGAAGUCAGAGGUGAAGCGCGAAGAAGUAGCUCGUUUUCUUCGUGCGCGACAAGAUUCAGACUUUGCGAAAAUGGUACGAGUUCGGCAUUUAGGACCUGAGCAGAUGGAGAAUCAAGCCCGACUUCGGCGUGCGUCCCACCUGGUGCGGGAACGCAUGAAUGAGCUUGGUGAGUACUUUGAUGGGCUCAAGAAAUCCAAAGCAAAUGAAAAGUACGGUCGAACGAUGCUACGUGCGCCUGCUCUCGACACGAUCUACCGCUCAGUCGACCACAUAGAUCGACUUGUAUCCGAGCGUAUUUGGGAACUUGACCAGAUCGAGCAGUACCUCCGUGCGUAUAUUCCACGCUCGUCUUCGCGUGCACACACGUCAUAUUCGCCAGUUCGGCCAUUGGAUGAUAUGACUGAACUAGAUGCGAUACUCGCUGAGAUUACGUAUGACGAGCAGAGCGUUCCAAACGCAAUGACAGCAGAGGCCAUGUGCGGUGCUUUGUGGGAAUCAAGAAAGGUGCCUGUCAUUACACGGCUAAGCGAAAACGGUUCAGCUUCUCCUUUUCCGUAUGACACUGAACCUAUCACUAUUCGUUGCUCGCCAAUAAAUUUGUCCGCCGAGGCGCCGGCUCUUUACAAGCAAGAGCAAGAUGAACAGUAUCAAUCAGAGGUCGCACCUUUGCCUGAGCCAGCAGCGGUGAACUUUUUGGCCACAAGCACGCCAAACGGUGUACAAGUCGGCAGUAAUCGUCAAGCCAAACCCCUGUUUUCAGCUUUUGCACGUUCAUCGAGACUACCAACGCUUACAUCUCGGAAUGGAUCAACUGCGUCUGCUGAAUACACCACAUUUGAGGGGCUUGUUGGGCCUCGACCCGUGACCAACACUGAACCUGCUAGUCUUACCUUGGAGGAGUUCGUGGCACAGGACAAAGAGGAAAACGAGGAUGAGUAUAGUGACGACGAUUAUGAUGAGGAUGAUGAGGAUGAAGUUGAUGAUUGGGAGGAUGACGAUGAUGAGGCGGACGAAGACGACACCGAUGAGAAUGAUGACUAA